AUGGAAUCAUUUAUAUUUUGUCAUAUAAUUGAAAUUCUUUUCAAAAUAGAAAUACAUCCAGAAAAAUUAAUUCCACCAAUUAAAACAUGUCUGAAAGAUAUUGCAAAACAUGGAAAACAUUUAUAUGAUAAAAACAACAUGAAAUAUUUCUCAAAAUUAGUUAGUCUUUAUACACAAAAUCAAAAAAUUAUAAAUGCAAUUGUAAAAUGUUGGUGUUCAAAGUAUUAUGUUAAAAUAAUCGAAAGAAUAGAAAAUGAAGAAUUUCUCUUAAUAACAUGUCCAAAGUACUGGAUCGCUUACUCAGGUUCAGAUAAAGAAGAGACAGCUAAUAUAUUAUUAAAUGCGCUAUUACCAUCUUCAAAUCGUUUAUUACAAUUAAAACCUUCAAAACAUGUUACUCAUUUACUUGAUUUACUAAAUCAUAGUUUUGCACUAUGUAGUUCAACAAUAUUUACAAAUAAUAGUCUACUAGUUCCAAUAACGUAUACUUUAUUGGCGAUGAUAAGUAAACAAUCAAUUUUCGAAGAAAUUUAUUCGAUGAUUAAAAGCAUUCUUCGCCUUUUGUUAACUUUGAUUAAUAAUAAUCAAAUGAUUUUCCAAUGUGUUCAACAACAUCAAGAAUUGUUUCAGAAUUUAAUUGGUUUAGAAGACGAAGCUUAUAUAAUAUUAGUGUCAAUAAUGAAUGAUUCAGACAUUAAAUCUAUGAUCAAUAGUAACGAAACUUUUGCUUUGUGCGUACAAAAACAUAUUGAACAACAGAAUGAUACAAAUCAUUUCUUAACAGCGAGGUUAAAACGUAAGUUAAGUUUUACAAUAUUUCGGGUAAAAUAAGAAUGUAUCGAUGUGAGGUGAGCAUCGGUGUGAAUGUGAGUCAUUCGUAUAUGCUCGAGAACGCUCUAACCACAUGGCCACUCACGUCCACAUCCAAAAAUGAUAACAAAUUCCGAAACUACGUUUAAUCGGCCCAAUCGCAUGUUCUGUUUGAGCGCUUUCUUGUCCACUCAGAAAGCAUUAACACUAGCUACUUGCAUGAGAAAAACUCCUUGAGGACACUUGAAAAGGCAAAUUUUGGAUGUGGAAAAUAUCUAAGAAGCUUUCUCAUAACAUUUUUAUUCAUAUCCCAUAUAUAAAACAUCGUUGUUAUCUGCAAAAAAAACGUCAAAAU